AUGGCUGACAGUGUACCUGGGAAACUUACAGACUUAACAAAUCAACUAAACAAGGAAGUAACAAGUGCCUUUUUAUUUUGUGAUCCUUGUUACCAAGAUGGAGACAACAAGGAAGCAGAGGGAUUCUGUGUGGAAUGUCAGCAUUAUCUUUGUGAUCAAUGCUUCAAGUACCAUUGCCUUCCUAUACCGAUGAAACAUCACAAAUUACUAGGGAAGUCAGAAAUGCCAAAGAGAAAGGUUGAUGAAAGUCUCUCUGAAACCUGUUCACAUCAUGAGGGAGAGAUGAUUAAAUAUUACUGUAAAACACACGGGACAGUUGGCUGCAACUCUUGUAUGAUCAUACACCACAAACCAUGCCUUGAAAUCUGCACCCUCACAGACAUAGCUAAGGAUGUGGAACUAUCACCUGCAUAUAAAGAUUUUUGUACAAGAAUGGAGACAACAAAAACCAACCUAGAGGAUCAGAUUAAAACUGCAAGAGAAAACAUAGCAAUAUGUAGAUCUUGCAGAGAAACGGCUCUAACUGAAAUUAAUCAAUUACAGCAGAAAAUAAACAUCCAGUUUGAGUUGCAGAAGCAGGAACUUGCAAAAGAAGCUGAGGAAAAAGAGAACAAUGAAGCUAGAAAACUGAAACAAGUCGAAGAUUCAGCCAAUGAUUCAAAAAAUUUUCUGACCAGUGCGCUGAAAAAUGUUGAUGCUCUUGGGGAACUGUGUGUACAAAAGGAAGAAGAAUCAGAGGAGGAUCUGAAGAGUUUCUAUGGAAACUAUCCUGAAUAUGGAAUGCCAAGAGGAUGCCCAAUAUCAAAUGAAAAUGUAAUUAUACUAGAUACAAUUUACAAUCGUGUAAGGCUGUAUGCAGUAGAUGAACAUACACUGGUAACAGAGAAAGAAUUAACAUCAUGUCCAUGGGAUAUUACAUCUAUUGAGGUAAACAAGUUUGCAUUAACAUUGCCAAAUGAAAAUAAAAUCAAAAUCAUGUCUGUUGAAGAUAAAAACAUAACAGUUGGAGACGAAAUAAAUGUUGAUGCUAGAUGUGAGGGUAUACAUUAUGCAGGGGACAAACUGUAUGUUGCAUGCAGUAAACCCGCACAAGUUUUAAUUCUGAAUACAACAGGAACAAUAAUCCAAUGUUAUAUAAAAGAUCAAGCAGGUGAGCAGUUGUUCCGACAACCAGCUUAUAUAUAUUUCGAUACUGAAAAGCAACUGAUCUGUGCCUCUGACAGAAAGGCAAGCUGCAUUGUAACUAUGGCAACUGAUGGGAAAGUGCGAAAUGUAUUCAGAAAUGAAGAUUGGAAAAUGCCACUUACAAUUAUGAAAGCAAACAAUACCAUCAAUGUUUCAGACUUUGAAAAAGCAAGCAGGGCAUCCAUAGAUUUAACUACUGGUGAAUGUAAAAUAGAUGAUGGAUUUGGAUUUUUACUUUCCAAGAAUGCACAAUGUUGGGACAAGUCAUUUGGAUGCGUUUUUAUUUUCGCAUAA